AAAAACGGAGAGGAAGGAUCGUGUGUGUGUGAGAGAGUGUGUGUGUGAGAGAGGGUGAGAAGUUGAGAAUGGCGACGCCUCAGAAGGAGCAGAAGCCAUGGAAAGCGGAGUAUGCCAAGUCAGGGAGAUCAUCAUGCAGGACGUGUAAGGCUCCCAUCGACAAGGAGCAAUUCCGCCUCGGCAAGAUGGUCCAAUCCACCAAGUUCGACGGCAUCAUGGCGAUGUGGAACCAUGCGGAUUGCAUAUUGAGGAAAUCCAACCAGAUAAAAUUAGUUGAUGAUGUUGAAGACCUAGAGACUCUUCGCUGGGAAGAUCAGCAGAAGGUCAGAAGAUAUGUAGAAGGUGGUGCAUCAACAACAACGAAGUCAAAAUCUGUCAAGGAUACCGAGUGUGGUAUUGAAGUUUCACAGAAUGCUCGUGCUACAUGCAAACAUUGUAGUAAAAAGAUCACCAAAGGAGAGGUUCGGAUAUCUAUCAAGCCUGAUGGAGGGGGUGCUAAAGGUUUGGCUUGGCAUCAUGCCAAGUGUUUCAUAGAAUCAUCACCAUCGAUUCAAGUGGAUAAGUUGUCGGGAUGGAAUAAUCUUCCACCUUCUGAACAAUCAGCUGUCAGUGCCUUGGCAGGCGAUAGUGGUCCAAAAGUUGAGUCCGAAGAGACUAAAGAAUCCAUAAGACAAACCAAUUCAAAAGGUGGCACAAAACGUGGGAAGGAUGCUGCGGGUGGGCAGAAGUCAAAAGUUGCCAAGGUAAAGGGAGACGAGUCUGCUAGCAGCGUGGCGUCAAUGAAAAAUUCUAGUGAUUUGGAUAAGGUAAAUGAUCUAGAGAAUAGAUUGGAGGCACAAAGCAAAGAACUCUGGGCUCUAAAGGAUGAUCUUAAAAAGCACGUGACAACACCAGAGUUGCGUGAAAUGCUGGAAGCCAAUAAUCAAGAUUCAACUGGAUCAGAACUUGAUUUACGUGAUCGCUGUGCUGAUGGAAUGAUGUUUGGAGCACUUGGUAGCUGCCCAACAUGCUCUGGCAAUCUGCACUAUUCUGGAGGAAUGUACCGGUGCAGUGGAUACAUUUCUGAGUGGAGUAAAUGUUCGUACUCUACCUGUGAAUCAAAACGUCUUGAAGGGAAGUGGAAAAUCCCAGAGGAAACAGACAACCAGUACCUUAAAAAGUGGUUCAAAUCUCAAAAAGGGAAGAAACCAGUUAGGAUAUUGCCUGCACCGUCAGCAAGGGAAAGUCAAGCUGUUGCUUCUCAGAAUCAAUCUUCAAAUGGUGGAAGUUUGGGAGAUUUGAAAGUUGCCAUGUGUGGAUUUCCUAAAGAAACUAUUGCGGAAUGGAAAUGCAAAAUUGAAGGCUUUGGUGGGGAGCUUCAUGCAAAAGUAAAGAAAGAAACUACCUGCUUGGUUGUUAGCGGAUUGCUCAAUGAUGAAGUUGAGAUGAGGAAGGCCAGGAGGAUGAAAAUACCAAUAGUAAGAGAGGACUAUUUGGUUGAUUCUAUUGAGAAAAAGAAGAAGCUUCCCUUUGAUAUGUACAAAGUUGAAAUGAUUGGGGAGUCUUCUAGCAUUGUCACAAUUAAAGUGAAGGGGCAAAGUGCUGUCCAUGAGGCUUCUGGCCUACAGGAUUCUGGCCACAUACUUGAGGAAAGAGAAAUCAUUUAUAACACAACUUUGAACAAGUCUGAUUUAUCUACUGGUGUUAACAGCUACUAUAUUCUCCAAAUCAUUGAAGAAGACAAUGGUUCAGCAUGCUAUGUGUUUCGUAAAUGGGGCCGAGUGGGAAAUGACAAGAUUGGAGGAACCAAACUGGAUGAAAUGUUGAAAUCAGAUGCAAUCAAGGAAUUCAAACGAUUAUUUUAUGAUAAGACUGGAAAUACUUGGGAGGCUUGGGAGCAAAAGACUAUUCAGAAGCAACCUGGAAAGUUCUUCCCAUUGGAUAUUGAUUAUGGAGUUAACAAACAGGUUUCAAAGAAAAACAGAAAUGACGAGGACAGCAAACUACCACCUGCAUUAAAAGAAUUGAUGAAAAUGCUCUUCAACGUGGAAACAUACAGAGCUGCCAUGAUGGAAUUUGAUAUUAAUAUGUCCGAAAUGCCACUUGGGAAACUGAGCAAAAGUAAUAUUCAAAAAGGGUUUGAAGCAUUAACAGAUAUACAGAAUCUCCUAGAAACUAAGAAUUCUGACCCAUCAGCCCGGGAAAGCUUGCUUAUUGAUGCCAGCAAUCGGUUCUUUACUUUGAUCCCAUCUAUUCAUCCACAUAUUAUUAGGGAUGACGAUGAUUUUAAGUCAAAGGUGAAAAUGUUAGAAGCUCUUCAAGACAUUGAAAUAGCUUCUAGAUUAGUUGGAUUUGAUGCUAACAGUGAUGACUCCAUUGAUGAUAAUUAUAAGAAGCUCCAGUGUGUCAUGUCUCCUCUACCUCAUGAUAGUGAAGAUUAUCGAUUGAUUGAGAAAUAUCUCUAUACUACUCAUGCUCCCACACAUACGGAAUGGAGUCUUGAGUUAGAAGAAGUUUUUUCACUUGAAAGGCAAGGAGAGCUUGAUAAGUAUGCUCCCUAUAGGGAGAAACUUGAUAACAAAAUGCUACUAUGGCACGGUUCCAGGGUGACAAAUUUUGUGGGUAUUCUUAGUCAAGGACUUAGAAUCGCACCUCCGGAGGCUCCGGUGACUGGCUACAUGUUUGGCAAAGGUAUUUACUUUGCUGACUUGGUCAGUAAGAGUGCUCAGUAUUGUUUCACUGAAAAGAAAAAUCCUGUUGGUCUAAUGCUUUUGAGUGAAGUUGCCCUUGGAAAUGUCUAUGAGCUCAAGAAAGCUAAGUACAUGGAUAAGCCUCCCGAAGGAAAGCACUCUACUAAAGGCCUUGGCAAGAAAGUGCCUAAUGAAUCAGAACAUGUUAAGUGGAGGGGCGAUGUCACCGUUCCCUGUGGCAAGCCUGUGCCAUCAAAUGUUAAGACUUCUGAGCUCAUGUACAAUGAGUAUAUUGUGUAUAACACUUCUCAAGUUAAGUUGCAAUACUUGUUGAAGGUGAGGUUCCAUCACAAGAGAUGAAGAAUUGAAGAUUGUGAAAGUAAAUCAAAGGGGUCUGCUGUUUAGGGAAUUGUCUGUGUUAGGCAGCAUUUUGAGUAGGAGUUGAACAUAGUUCUUCUAGAAGUCUUCAGAAUUCCUGUUGGUAAAGGUCUCAUUUUGGGUUGACUGUGGAGAUCUUUCUUCUUCCUUUCCAGUAUUUGUAAUGGGAACUAUUCAACACUUACAGCAUUGGUCUCUUAUGGUAUUAAGUGAUCUGGUAAUGUCUAUAACUAAACCACCAUUUUAAUAUCAAACUUUAGCUUGUUUAUCGGUGA